AUGGAGAAAGGUUUGAAGCGAUCUUGUGUUAUGGUGGUGGUUGCAUUCUUAGCCAAGGUUGAUAUCUCAGUUUCAGUUCCGUUCAUAAUGCUUCACGGAAUCGCAUCUCAAUGUUCUGAUGAUACAAAUGCUAACUUCACACAGCUUCUCACUAACCUCUCUGGCUCUCCUGGCUUUUGCUUAGAAAUUGGAAAUGGAGUAAUAAAUUCAAUGUUCUUGCCACUUACACAACAAGCAGAAAUAGCAUGUGAGAAUGUGAAGGAAAUGAAAGAGUUGAGUCAAGGAUACAACAUUGUUGGAAGAUCUCAGGGGAACCUAGUGGCUCGAGGCUUGAUCGAGUUCUGCGACGGUGGACCUCCUGUUUUCAACUAUAUAUCCUUAGCUGGUCCUCAUGCUGGCAUUUCUUCUCUUCCUAGGGGUCUUUGUGGUUUAACGUCCGAUCCAGCAUGUAAGAAAUUUAAUGAGUUGAUCAAGGGAGCUCUCUAUAGCGAGACCAUUCAAGAUCAUCUUGCUCCUAGUGGUUACUACAAAAUCCCUAAUGAUAUGAAACAGUACUUGGAAAGAUCUAAGUAUCUACCUAAGCUUAACAACGAGAUACCAAACCAAAGAAACCAAACUUACAAAGACCGUUUCACCAGUUUACACAACCUGGUUCUUGUCAAGUUUCAGGACGAUGAGGUUAUUACUCCAAAUGAUUCAACUUGGUUUGGGUUUUAUCCGGAUGGUGAGUUCGAAACUCUUCUCUCUGCUAACCAGACAAAGCUCUAUACAGAGGAUUGGAUCGGUCUGAAAACAUUGGAUGAUGCUGGAAAAGUGAAGUUUGUGAGUGUACCCGGUGGACAUGUCAGAAUGGCAGAAGAAGAUGUCGUCAAAUACGUUGUACCUUAUCUCCAGAACCAACAGCCUGCCGCACAAAGCUUCAACCGCAAGACCAAGGAGCCCUUGCAUCCUUAA